AAGUCCUGUAUGGUUGAAGACUUGGCUGUUAGCUAGCCAUGUCUCGCUUUACCAGUGCCUACGUUGCAUCCCCUUACAGGAGUGAUCAGGCGCCAAAACCAACUGACAAGAGGUGGAGGAGGCCUCCAGAGGGCCCUGCUGUACCCCAGGAUGUGGAGAGGGGGCUGGGGCCAUGGAGUAAGGACCAGGCCCCCCCCAGCUCAGACCCCCCUCUCCCCCCUCAGCUGGGGGGACCCAAAUGGCAGCCAGGCCAGUCCAGCCCUGGACCCAGGGUUCCCAUGGAUACUGCUACCAGGUACAGGAUGACCAGCAGACAGCAGACAGCAGACAGGAACAGCCAUCCUGGGUGGGUGUACUCACGGUUGCGCCCGUCCAGUUGUGGUCGACACGGGCAGAGUCAGCUGCCUCUACAGGGUACAGCUGUAGGGAGACUCGGGCUGUCAGAGGAGGAGGCCAAGGAGCAGAUGGAGAACGACACAGUGGAGUUGGUGAGAGAGCUGGUUGCCAUGCCGUCCAGAGACAGAGUCAAAGCUGUACGAGGCCUUCCUUUAAGUCUGGAGGAGCGCAGAAACAUCAGGUGCCGUGUCUUAGCAGGGAAGUUCUCCAGGAGGAGGCUAGAGAGAACGUGCUGCACUGACUGUUGGGAGCAGAUCUCACUGUCUGUUCGUAGGUGCAGCUGUAUGGUGUUUCUCAGACAGUCGCUCUCUCUGUGGCGUGGUUCUCUGAGGGAGAUCAGUGGAAGGUUUGGUUCUGCUGUCCUCUGCUACUUCCUGUUUCUAAGAUGGCUGCUCCUCUUCAACCUCCUCUCCUCCCUCCUCAACCUCUCCUUCAUCACGUUGCCAUGGGCGCUGCUUGGCAACGACACCCAAGACACCGGGGCAACUGCCGGGUUCAGGGGACUGGAGCUCCUCACUGGAGCGGGGUCGUUCAACGUGUCCAUGCUGUACUAUGGUGUCUACAGCAGUAGAAGUGUGCAGAGUGGAGGCCAGUCUGGUUAUAACAUCCAGCUAGCUUACCUCUUUACCAUCACCUCCUACAUGCUGCUCUGUGGAGCCUCAGUCUUAUACAGCAUGGCAGGGUGUUUCCAGACGGGUGUUGUGGUGUCAGGUGGAGCAGCUCAGAGGCCUGGUUCUCUGUCUGGAAGAGGAGAUGACUACUGGAGACUGUUGUUUAGCUGGGACUUCUCUCUGCUACACCACGCAGAUAUACACACACACAGGACCAACCUGCUAGGACAGCUAAAGUAUGCUAUGGCAGGAGAACUUCUCCCUGUAAAGAGUUCAGAGAUGUGUCCUCCAGUAUGCUAUGGCAGGAGAACUUCUCCCUGUAAAGAGUUCAGAGAUGUGUCCUCCAGUAUGCUAUGGCAGGAGAACUUCUCCCUGUAA